AUGGCGCGCCUCAGCCGCGUGACCACCUUCUCCACCUCUGCUGUGGAUCUGUCGCAGGCUCACUGCACGUGGCGUCGGGCCCUCGCCAUAGGGCUCGCCUUCUCUUUCCUGGGCGACACAGGGCUGCUGGAGUGGGCCCUCGAGUCGCCGAUCGUUGCCGCCAACGCGAGCGACCCUCUCUCGCGCUACGAGCGCAUCUCACCAAGGCUGACCUUCACCGUGUACGUUGGCCUGUCUAUGAGCUCAGUGCACAGAUGGAGUCGCAUGUGCCGCAACGUGGGCGAGGUCGUCCUGACGCUCAUGUGGCUCUAUCCCAAGAUGAAGCGACAGCCGAAUACCACCUACGCCCACUUCCCCGCCCUGUCCGCCGACGAGAAGACGGCGGCGAUCGAGGCGGGCACCGAGAAGCAGUUUAGUAUGGAGUUUGGCGCCGCACGCUGGCGCUCAUGGGUUUCGUUGCUUGGGUGGGCUCGCAGUGCUGCGGUCGCCAUGUGGGCGACGUCAUCGUGGGGCACCAGCGGAGGCCAGAUCUUCUUCGCCUGGAGGGCGGCGUUGUACUUCCGUGCUUGGGACUGGGCCAAGUGGAUGGUGGAGAAGCUAGACGACACGCAUACAUUCUUGAUGGAGCUGGACGACUUCAGGGCCUACCUCUACGACCUCUACCAGGACGGUCGCCUGGAGUUGCCGAUGCUGCUUCUCUCCUUCCAGAUGGCUUUCACCCCCGUGCUCUGGAGCUCGUGCUGCCGACGUGGCUUACCCAGGUUCGGCGGCGCCAGCCCCACAGGGAGCGACGUGGGCAGCGAUGGGGAGGCUGGGCAUUCGGUUCACGAGUCGGACUCGGAGUCAGAGGGAAGCAAGGAAGUCUCGGAGAUGAGGAAGAUGAUGCAGGACUUGAUGGAGGAGAUGCACCGGGAUCGUCGAGGCCGUCGCCGUGCAGAGGCGGAGACCGAGGGGAACUCAGCUCGGGGCGGGGGAGACAGCCCUUGCCGCUCAGAUGGGUCAUCUGCGUGGAGUCCAGGGUCGAGUGCGGGCAGCUGGGAGCGCAUCCCAUCGCCUGCCGACGAGGGCAUGCACGUCGACCGCAUGAUGGACCACCUGGACCAGGUCGAGAAGACCAUCCUGGCAGACCGUGCGACAGGAGCUCGCCACGCGGUCGCGGACCAGACGUCGACGGCAGCUACGGCGGGAUCGAUAGCAGCCCCGACCAUCAACCUGGACGAGGUCUCGGUGGAGGAGGUUGGGGUGAACAUCGGGCUGCUGCGCGAGUCCUUGAAGGAUCCGAGGGUCCGCCUGAUGGAGAACUUGACGAAGCUGAAGUCGGCCCCGACGUUCGAGUUGCCCCCGCGGCUGACGGCCCGCGUCGCCCCCGACCUCUUAGUCCAGACCUACGGCAAGCAUGGCAGCAUGGGCAAGUUCGCGGCGGACUGGGUCAAGCAGAAGGAGCUCUACAAUAAUCACAUCGGCCACGGUAUGUUCUUACACUGCAUGGCCUUGGACCGCAUGCUGGAGGCCUCUCCCGACUUCAUCACGACGGUUGGUUGCGAGAUCCUGUGUUCGAGGGUCUGCGCGAUGAAGCGGGCGUUCAGGGAUGUGCGCGCGAUGUCCGACUGGAAGCAGCCCCGCGGUACAUCAGCCAACAUGCGGAUGUCGAAGGUGCGUUGGGGCCUGGCGAGCGAGCCGGACUGGCGCUCCGUGAUGGACGGGGGGGUCUCUUCCGAGCGUCGAGAGGAUCUCACCGCGCGGCUGCAGCAGAAGGCGCCGUUCCAGAAGCAUCUGCUCAAGGCGGGCUCCGAGGUGGCCAACGGCGUGGAGUCCGCCCCCCCUGGCACCAUCAAGAAGGUGAGGUCUCUGACCGAAGGGCCCAUUCGUGUCCUGCACUCCCUCUCGCGGGGGGCGGUGGGGUCGGUGGCCGGGCUGGGGCCCGCGGCUCCGUGGGAGCGAUCGACCUCGCUCCAGAAGAGGACGGCCUUGGAGCUUCUGGAUUCGCGGGCCUCCUGGCAGGGCCACAUCUACGACGUCGACGUGGACCUGGGCGCUGCCGUCGAGCGCGUCCUCGCUGGCCGCGCCUCGCCGUGCGAGGGCGAGGGGGUCGCCGAGUCCCUGGGCGUGGAUUCGAAGGGUCGCCGCGUGCUGCCGAAGGGCGCGAUGUGCUCAGUCGACGUGGACGAGUUGGCGCUGCCUGCGCCUGGGACCGUCCCCGUCAAGCUGGUCGACAUCUGUCUCCUUGCCGUCGAGUCUUUCUCGGACGUGGAGGGCCGCGUGCCGAGGCGAGCAGAUUCUGUUAUGGUGCGAGAGUUGGAGAGCCAGGUCGUCCACCGGGACCCCGCGCUGAAGCCUCGUGGGGCCCGCUUGCGCCUGGCGGGGCGACUCUGGAGAGGCGGCGUGCUGACCUUCACUAUGGAGAAGAAGGAGUCGGUGCCGCUCCUCGGGGUCAUCAAGAAGUACGCGGAGUCGGAGGUGGACGGCGACCUGGUCUUGCAGCGGCAUGUGCGUGCGAUUUGGGGCGAGCGGCCGGCCAACCUCCGCUGGGAGCGGCCGUCCUACGUGCCGCUCGGGAAUCCCGCCUCAUUUACGAGCCUGGACCUCUCCAACAUGGAGGUGGAGGGGCGCGUCUACUGUGCGGUCGGCGACAUGCCCGACAUGUUCUACAGGUUGGAGACGCCCCCGCAGUGCUGGCCCUAUUUCUGCUUGGGCGAGGUUGGCGUGGACGAGCUCGUGCUGUGCGUGGCCGAGCGGGCAGUCGACGUCGAGGCGCCCGCCGACUCGGGCUACCUGGCCCUGAAGGUGCUCGUCAUGGGGUGGUCGUGGGCGCCGUUCCUGGCGCGCUCUGCCCUGCAGGCGUGCAUGGAGACGGCUCUCGGCGAAGGCUCGGUUCGCGCUCGUAUGGUGCAUGGGUCCCCGGCGCUUCAGAUCCACGGCGAUGCUGGUGUCUGCGAGGCGCUCGACUGGGCCUGCAUGGACGGCUGCGGCGUGAUGGCGAGCAGCGCGAGCGCGGAGGGCCGCGAGAAGGGGCUGGUGUCGAGCAUGGCGGCGAAGGUCAAGUCCUGCCUGGAGUCCGUGGGCCUCGCGGUCCACGGGGGGGGGGGCGAGGGCGAGGGGCUCGGGUCUCUGGGGGCUGUCCUGAGGGGCCGCCCAUAUGUGAUUGGGUUGUGCCUGUUGAAGACUUGUCGCCUGGCCCUCGUGACCCUCGCCUCGGUGGAGAGAUCCUGCUGGGCAGCGGCCAUAUUGGAGCGCCUCGUCGGGCUUUGGGCUUGGGCAGCGGUGUUCCAGCGAACGGGCCUUGCCAUCUUCGACCAGGUCUACCACGAGAUGCGACGCCCUUCGAGCCCCGCCGCUGCGUUUCGCUUGUCCGCGGAGGCGCGGGCCGAGCUCGCCGCUGCUGCCUACUGCGCCCCGUUCAUGGUCAUCUGCCCGGGGCCGCCCUGGGCCCGCCGGGCUUUCAUGGCCGACUCCAGCGAUGUAGGGUGCGGGGUUGCCGUCGCCCAGGCAACGGUGGAGGAGAGUUGCGCGGGGUCCAGAUACUGCGAGCUGCGAGGCAGGACCAUUGCCGCCGAGGACCUCUGCGCCAACGCCGAGGAGGGCGCCUGGCAGGGGGGCUGCGGCGGCUACGCCCACGACGCCGACGAGUUGGCGCAGGCCGCGGCCUCAGUCGCGCGUGGCCCGAACGUGCGCGCGUUCCGCUUCCUCCACCUCUUCGCGGGGGUUCGGCGGCCAGGGGGCCUCGAGGAGCACUUGCGGCGGCGCGCGGAGAUCGCUGGCAUCCUCAUCGAGGUCUGGUCCCUGGGCGCGAUCAUCGACCCGAAGCACGACCUCACCGACCCCGUGUUUCUGAGCGUCGUCGUGAGGCUCGUCGACAAGGGCUACUGCCAUGGUCAUGGGUUCCGCCCUCUGCGCGCGCGUGCGGAGCCGUGGGGGCGCGCGAACGUCGCGCUGACCUCAUGGGGGCAGCGGCGGCUCGAGCUGGAGGCCAAAUCGCUCAUGGCGGCGCUGACGGUGAUCCGCGCGGUCUGCACGGCCGGCGGGGUCGGCCCGUCGGAGCUCCCGCCCGACCCAGGGGGGCCGCCCUGCCCGUCGAUUUGGGGCCCUGUGGAGUUGAAGGACCUCGUCAGGGAUUUUGGAGGAUGGGCCAACUACCUGGACCAAUGCCGCUACGGCGCCCCCUCCAUGAAGCCGACCAUGGUCGGCAUCUUCGGCGCAUUCGACAGGGGCGGCGGGGGCGCCGCCGCUCGACUCUGCCUUGCCUGCCACCGCGAGGGGCGCCAUCGGGUUACACUCGAGGGCCGAGAGAAGCCAGGAGGUCCGACCUUUCGUACUGCUGCUGCGCAGACCUAUCAGUCCGAGUUUUGCGAGGCCCUCAGCGAGGUCAUCAUCGAGGCUUUCGUGCGCAUGGGGGCGAAGAGGCUCGGGCCCGACGUCGAGGGCUCACUGCGGUGCCGCCCGGGCACCUUCGACUUGGUGGGGCGCGCGACGGCUGGCCGCGAGCCUCUGCAGCCCGUGGGCGCGACCCCAAUGGCCAAGAGGGGCCCCUGGGCAUGGGGCUGCUGCGCGACGGACCCGAACGCCGGCCUGCUGGGUGGUGGCUUCGCGCGCUUGCUCACGCACUCAGUGGCAGACGCCACCGCCUCGCAGUGGGCCUCCAAUGUGCUGCAGUUCCUCAAUUUCUGCAUCCAGCGAGGCUGGCAGCUUACAUCCGAGUCGGAGGUCGAUCGUGCGCUGGCAGACUGCGUGGAUAUCCAGUGUUACGGCGAGCGCAAGAGGGCGACCCUCGGCUCGGUGGUCCUGUUCGGCAUGUUGGUGAUCUGGGUGGCCCACUCCCGGGGGGGGGGCAUCUACGCGAUCGCCAUCUACAUGAUCGAGCAGGGGCACUACGUGGAGGCUGUCUGGACACUCACGCAGUACGACGUCUACGGCCGAGAGCAGGGCUCCGUCAUUCGGCGGGGCGCGGUCGCUAACCUAGUCCUGGGCUCGCGUGGCUUCGGGGCGGGCAAGGGCGAGGAGCUCUACGGCAUCGACCAGGUCCGCUUCCGGAAGCUAUGGCACCAGGCCUGCCGCGCGCUGGGCAUGCCAUGGGCGCCGCCCAUACAUGGGAUCCGCCAUUCGGGCCCCAGCGAGGACGCUGCCCGAGGGUGCGCAUCGCUCGGGCAGGUCAGGCGUCGUGGGAGGUGGAAGGCCCUGUCCAGUGUCCAGCGCUACUCCAUGACGUUUGCCCUGACCCAGUUCCGCGCGAGAAUGCCGGAGGUUGUCCGCGAGUCGGGCGUGCGAGCAGGGCGGGGCCUGAAGGCGGAUAUCCUGCGAGCCCUGAGGAUGCGCCCACGCCCGCGCGGCAGCCUCCCCGAGGCCCUCGAGAACGCCAUCAAGCAGAGCCCAGCCAAGGACGUUGCUGCCGAGCUGAUGGAGAUCAAGAGCUCAAGGGCGCGUAGUUCCAAGAAGGCCAACCAGACCGACGAUGACGACCAAGGUAGCCCUGGGGGCCUUCUCUCGGACGAGACGACGUUCGGGGAGGACGCGGGCUGGUGGGCUGAGUGA